ACUGUCUCCGCGGCUGAGCGAAUGACCUCCGGCACAGUGGCGGUCGCGGCGUUUCACGGGGAGCCAUGGAAGCGACCGGCGCGCCGUCGCCGGCCGCCACUGCGGCUGUGCGGCCACCGCAGAGCCCCUCGCCCCCUCUCCCCCGCCCCCAUCACCAGGAUGCCUCGGAGCGGCCGCCCCUCGCAUUGCCUCUGGUUUCGACUGGGGAGGGCGCCGCUGGUGCCUGAUGCCGCUGCUGGUCGACGGGCGCCGUGCCGCCAUCGUCCGCGCCUUGGGUAUUUCAGGCGAGGGCACAUCGGAAGCGAUGCCGGAGGCGGAGCUGCUGGGCGCCAACUGAACUGUAAGUGCCUGCCACUGCCAAACUGGUACGAAUUCAGUCCGUUGGCUGGCCGGACCAUCAGAGUGCUGUCCCGUACCAGCGCAAUUCCUCGCCUGAUUUUAGUGCCGAUGCACAAUGUGUGGAUGGGCGUCGCGGCAUGUCAGGGGGGCUGGGAUUUCUGACGGAUUAAAAAUCUGAGAGGGCCUGGCAAGAAUUCGGAUAGAGAGUGAAGUGUCGGGCACAGUGGGCGGCAGGCACAGGAUGAAAGAUUUCAUUUGCACUUGGGUUGGGCUGGGGAGCACGCCAGCAUGUGCUUGCUGAGUAGGUGCGCAUUCAUGCUUCUCUUCACCUUGACUUUCACCUUUAAGUUUUCCUCUGAAAUAUGUUGGGACUUUUGUGGUCUGCAAUGACAUGACCAGGAUAAAUCUGAAAACUUCUCCAUCAAAGCUUAUUGUAUAAUGUUGUUCGAAGUCGGCCAACAGAACCGUGAUCUGCAUCUAUUAUCUGAGACUCCACCCUCCCACCACAAAAAAGAAAAGAAAAAAGGUUGUCUUCGAAGGGGAGUUUAUUCAACUCUCGAAGAACAUAUUGUAUUUGACAUCACCACUUUGUCCUAAGAAAGCACCACACCUAACUGCACAAACAUAAUAUUCUGGAAUCUGGAGCACGAGGUUUUUUUUGCACGAAUUUGCGCGAGAGUCAUCUUAUUCUCUGCAAAAUUCAUGUGAAGUUCGUCCACUCUAUAUAGGCCCUAAAUGAAGUUUGUUCAAAUUCGGCUAAUAUAAUCGUGAUUUUUGUAUCAAUUAUUACUCCACCUGCCCACCAGAAAAAAAAGCAAAGGGUUAGUCUUCGCAGUGGACCUUAUCCUACAGAAAGGACCAAACCUAACUAUUUAUUCGAAUCAGUUCAGAAGAUCUUGAAAUCAUUGGUUUUGAUGCACUUUUCUGUUUCUGCCCAAACAUAUUCUGGAAUCUGGAACACGAGGUUUUGUUGUGGAAUUUCUGCGGGCGUCAAAUUAUUCUCAGCAAAGUUGAUGUGAAGUUUCUGCACUCUAUUUAGGCCCUAAAUGUUGGAAAUGUAGGCCGAAAACACACGCAAAGCUACUUACCUUUGAGAACAAAGCUAAUAUUCUACUGCUUUUCACCUAGCAUCUUCUGCUACAGGUCUGGUAACUUUACCAUUAAAGAAUAUCUAAUCAUGAUCACCUCUUUGCUGCUACAGCCUCCAUCAACUUUGGCUAGCUUUCAUUGCUUUAUUUUCUAUUAUCUUGUCAGCGCAUUCAUUUUAUAAAACUGAGCAUAUUUUUCAUGUCUUGUGCUAUUUCCUUUGAGGAACGCACUUCAUUUACCUCUCUUUGAUAUGCCUCUAGCUUUCACAGAGAGCUGAUUUUUAUUUGAUAACUCUGGUGGCCAGAUAUCUCUGGGAAUGGCAACUUUUUUGCUAUCUGCAGGUCCGCAUCCUUCCUUUAUAAAGGGAACUAUCCUGUAAUAUUAGUAAAUGUAACCAAGUUCCACUUCCAUUGCCAGACAGAAAUUAUAUGCUAUGCAAUGGGAAUGCUGAAUGAAAUUGCUCGCAGCUGUUUUUUUUACAUAAUUUAUAUGUUUUCUUUAAUGCAACACAAAUGCAUGCUGUAGCUUUUAGCUACAACCAAAGUGAUACUGAGCUGAUACGUGUGGAAGUACGCAACUGACACUUGUGGCAAUGGAGAUUUACUUUUAGAAUCUUGAGGAGGAUACAUGGUGGAUCACCCGAAGCAACUUUAACAGGUUGAGAAGACUCAAGAGGAUACCAUGAGGGAGACCACUGUGUCAUCUCUUGUGUUACCUCACCGGAGUGCUUUAGAACCGAUCAGUUUUAGACCUAAGUAUUGUAAAACUUAAAUUGUGCUAUGUGUUUGCUGAUGCUCCGUUAUUCAUUUCUAAGAACAGAUAACUCUGUAUAUGUUAAUUUGAUACAUCCUUUGCAUGAACGAUACUUGGAAAACUGACUGGUGCCCUAGUCCACACUCCAAUGGCAAGAAGUGCAUGAUACAAUAUUUCAAGAAUAUUAACAAAAUUCAUGGAUGUAAAUGUAAUACAUAAAAAUGCUAAAGUUUGAUGUCAAAUUCAUCCUGAUAUCAAGGACCAGAAAAGGCAGUCAUUCUUACACUCUUCAUUUCCGCCAAGACUGUCAACUUGUGUUUCUUGUAUCUUGAAUAUUUGAUGUCAGGAACGAAUAUGAUACUGAUCCUCUGGAAUUUUGAAACAUUGUAUCGUGAUACUUUAUGGGAUUUUCACAACAACGACGUGAUCCCCACUGGACAAAAAAUGCUUAUUCCUUACAUUUUCGUGGGGCUGAUUGGUGUUUUACUUUUGGCACAAAACUUGUAUUUGUCAUUGUUAAAGAAUUAAAAGAGAAUGAUUUUUCAAGUGCUUACGUUUGGGAUCUCUCAGGCAAUGUGCUUUAUAUACUUGGCCUGGCGCCUUUCAAGAGCAGACCCAUGUGGCUUAAAUACUAAGCGGUUCCUUUUUCAGCUGCUUUGAUUUAAAUAAUGCAGUUGAACGACAAAUAGUGAAAUUCUUCUUAUUGCAGAAAACAUAUGUUAUAUUAUUUUGGCACUCAUGAUUUGAUAUGAUCCCACCAGAUGUAGAAUAGGCAAAUUUAGUGGAACGGUGAUGUUUUAUGUAUUAGCUAGGGCUAGCUGCAACAAGGUAGCAGAAAGCUUUAUGGUUGGCACAUUUGUUGGGUGCAACAAACUUUUGUUAUCAUCAGACUGGAGACAUCACAUAGUGGGUAGUGUCAUUAUUUUUUUAAAGAUGAGGUUCUGGCCACAUAUACAGUCUUCUGCCAUCAUUCUGCUUAGUGCAGGUACAUAAUGAUUUGAAUGAUGCACUAGUUCGUAAUUAUGCUUCUUAUUAUUCAAACUUUUACAAUUUACUCAUGUUGGGAAAUAUUUUUUAUUCUGAAAGUUUUGUAUAUGUGCUCUAACAUGGUGGGAAGUGUAAGCUUUUUUAUUCUAUCUAACAGUAAUCAGGUAUUCUUUUCCUCGUUAAAUUCUCACUUAUGUUGUUGUUGUAUGCUACGACUGUGGGCCUUUGUCUGUUUUACUCUCUACAUCAUGGCAUGACAUCUAAUCAACACAAAAUUUUGUGCGUGAUAUAUGUUCCAUCGCAUCUUAAAACGAGUGUAAACCGCAUUGUAUGCUGGGUAUGUUGAAACAGCAAGCUAGUAGGGGUCAAGGUUAACUUUAUGUAUCUUGGAUACUCAUCUACAGUUUUGGUUAGUGAUUACUUCACUCAUGUGUGUUAAUUGUUGUCAGUACUCUAUUUGACAUGAUGCUAUUAAGGAGCGCCUAUGCCAUGAUUGGGGAUUAAAGCCAGGUCUAACAGCUGCGAACUCCAUGUUCCCACCACCCCAACUGACAAGGGGAUAUAUACUACGACAGUGUGACAAAAGUUGAAUAUUUUUAUUGCAUCAUGACAUCACACAAAUUUUGCGAGUGCAAUCAAGAAAGAAGAAAGUACUAGCCUACCUUUAAAGAUAUUUGGAUUGUAUAAUCCAAGGAGACUGCACAGAAACAUGUGUUUUCAAAAGUCUUGGUCCUAUAAACAUCCUAGUUACUAACAUGUGUUCAGAAGACGGAACAACUUCACGUGUUCCCUGCUUUUUUGCAUGGCUGCUGCAUGCAUUUGUGAUGGGCGUCUUUCCUUCCUUAAUCUCUGGGACAUGUAUCCCUAGAUCCUCAGGCUCUUGUGCAUAUCUGUUAUUGAGAAAUCAAACAUACAUUGUACAGAUCCGCUUUGCCGCCCUUGCAACUCCAGUCAGUGCUUUUCUUGCAUUUUUUCCUCCCUUCUUUUUGGGAGAUGGACAUCUAGUCAGUUAUCACAAGAAAGUGCUCUGCUAAUGCCAACUUCAUGCACCACCCUUGUCUUUAAAAGGCAAGGUAAUGAACACGGUCUAGUCCAACAGCACUACUAGUUUGUGAUGGACACCAGUACUCCUUCAAAGUCUGGGACGAGCUUCCUCAAAACUUGCUUCAAUGGAGUUAACGCCCUCUCAGGGGUUGGGAUAUUAUCGAUUCCUUAUGCAUUGUCUCAAGGAGGAUGGCUGAGCGUACUUAUGUUCACAACUAUAGCAGUUAUCUGCUUCUACACUGGGAUUCUCAUACAGAGAUGCAUAGAUUCAAGCUCACUUGUUAAGACCUAUCCUGAUAUAGGUGAACUGGCUUUUGGCCGGAAAGGAAGAAUCAUAGUAGCAAUAUUCAUGUACCUGGAGCUGUACCUUGUGGCAAUCGAUUUCAUGAUACUGGAAGGUGAUAACUUGGAGAAAUUAUUUCCAAGUGUCGACUUCCAUGUUGCUGGACUCAAGAUUGGAGGCAAGCAAGGGUUUGUUCUGAUUUUCAGUCUGUUGGUUUUGCCAACGACAUGGUUUCGGAGCUUAAGUGCGCUUGCGUACGUCUCUGUUGGAGGAAUCAUGGCCUCCGUUAUUCUCAUCGCUGCUGUUAUCUGGGUAGGAGCAUUUGAUGGUGUUGGCUUCCACGAGAGAGGCGUGCUUGUCCACUGGGCUGGUAUUCCAACUGCCAUGAGCUUAUACUCAUUCUGUUUCAGCGGUCAUGCUGUUUUCCCCAUGAUAUACACUGGAAUGAGCAACAGAAAAAUGUUCCCAACAGUUCUGCUCCUCUGCUUCAUCAUCUGCACUCUCAGCUACGGACUGAUGGGCGUCGUCGGGUACCUGAUGUACGGCGAGUCACUGAAGUCCCAGGUGACGCUGAACCUCCCGUCGAGGAACCUGAGCUCCAGCAUCGCCAUCUACACCACGCUGAUCAACCCGUUCACCAAGUUCGCGCUGCUGGUCACCCCGAUAGCGGAGGCGAUCGAGGACACCCUCCACGUCGGCAAGAACAAGGCCGUCAGCGUCUCCAUCAGGACCUCGCUGGUCGUCAGCACGACCAUCGUGGCGCUCGUCGUGCCCUACUUCGCCUACGCGGUCGCGCUCACCGGCUCGUUCCUGAGCGGCACCGCCACGAUGCUGCUGCCGUGCAUCUGCUACCUGAAGAUCAGGUCCAGGACCUGCAGGAAGGUCGGGUUCGAGCAGGUGGUGUGCGUGGGCAUCAUCGUCGUCGGGGUAGGGCUUGUGGUCGUGGGCACCUCCAGCUCACUGAAGCAGAUCAUCCAGAGCUUGUGAAAUGCUUGAUGAGCAUGGAUGUGGAUGAACAACCAUAUGCAGUGGAGCCUGUUCUAGUACGGCGCAAUCAUGCUUGUACUCUGUAGUCUGUACCUAUGUCCUGGCAAGAUGCACUGUAGAUAGGAAUUUAGCUUACAUAAGAAUGGAUAGGAAUAAUCCCUAAGAUGUCGUAGUAUUGAGACUUACUUCAGAAGAAACUGCUUGUACCUAUCAUGUUAUAAACAUUAUUCAAAUGUAUGUAUAGCCUGAUGUCUAGCUAGUGGUUGCUACUUGCUAAUGAUGAUGAUCAGCAGAGUCUCA